CAACAGCACACGUGGGAUGGGACUUGGGAUGGGAUCCGAAAUCCGAAUUACAGAAACAAAACAAACAUUGCAUGAAGCCAGCAGUGAAAAUUUAAGUUGAUUAACAAACUUUGAUCACCAUAUAUGAUAUGGAAAUAUAAAUUAUAAAUAGUGGCCUUUUAAAAAUGACAGAAGGAACGGAGAAAGCAACUUUGCGGGCCCUGAAGAAGAUGGGCGUUAAAACAGGGCCGGUUGACCUGAAAGACUGGGAGCUUUAUCGUCAGGGUGCAGAGGCCCGCGUUUACAAGGGUUCCUACGAUGGAAGGCCGUCCAUCGCAAAGCUAAGAUUUCCCAAGGGCUACAGGCACCCCGUCCUCAAUUCUAUGCUGUCCUCACAAAGACUGCGGAGCGAAGUGAAAAGAAACCUCAAAUGUCGAACAGAAGGGAUUCUUGCUCCAGAAAUCUUGCUUGUUGAUGUGGUCCAGUGCACAAUAGUCAUGGAAGAAAUCGGCAAUGGUCGUACAUUGAAGCAAAAAAUCAAAGAGCUUGAAGACGACAGCAAUCCUGAGGACGACCUCAAGCAAAUUUCCAGCAAUCUUGGCUACUUAAUAGGACGGCUGCAUGGAGCUGGAAUGGUUCAUGGUGACCUGACUACGUCCAAUGUCCUGCUGAACCAAAAUGGGGAGAUGGUCUUGAUUGAUUUUGGGCUUGGAGGCGGUGAAGCCAGCGCGGAGGACAAGGCUGUUGACAUUUACGUGCUGGAAAGAGCACUCUCAGCUACACACCCUAACAUGGAGAAUUAUAUUUCCCUGAUCGUUGAAUCCUACAUCAAAAAUACUACAAAAGCGGAGGAAGUGGUUAAAAAACUAGAGGACGUACGACUUCGAGGGAGAAAGAGGAGUAUGGUUGGUUGAUACUGCGAAUAAAUUUAAAAUCAAUUGUCAUCUCAAAA